GAGUGUAGCAAAAAGAGCUCAUUAUCGCAAUACCCGUCGCUAUAACACCCCAAUUGGAUCGGCCGCAUUUUUCGUUCUUCUCGGCCGUGUCACUUUGCAAUUUGAACCUUUCCACGCAAGCUAUUCCCCCAAAGCAACCAUCACGGCUUCCACCAAUAUGAUCAACAACCCGGGCCUCCCGGGUUUCCAGCGCUUCCAGCUAAAUAACAGUCCGAUCACGGUGUCCCGCAGCAACAACACCGCGGUAUUUCCGACCCAAACAUCAACGAUCUGCGCCACGCCCGCUUCAAAUGAAGGAGGUGAUGAGGAGUUGCGACGCCUGCGCUCCAACUACGUAGUUCUCAUCGAGCGUAUGCUGCGCAACCACCAGCCUCACGACGUACUGAAUCACGUGCCAGAGAAUACGGAUUGGCGCUCCAAGACGUUCAAACUCGCGCUCAAGAUCGAACGUCUCAUAUUCAAGGCCGCCAAAUCUCGCGCCGACUACAUGAAUGAGCACACGCUCAGCCGCCGUGUGAAGGUUCUGUGCCGUCACCUCGUGCGCAUUCGUAUGCGCAAGAACGCAAUGACGGAGGGUCUCACCAAUCGCUGCUAGCCCCGUGUCCACGCUGGACUUCGAUUGUCAACCGCUGUCGCCUGCCGCGAGUCCAUGGAGUGUCUCCCAAAUUAUUCGUAUUUUAGGAACAAUAGGGGUGGACACU